AUGCGCGUGAAUACUACCGUGUUGAUAGCAGCUAUUGCUCUUUUUUCCAGUCAAUGCCUUGUGACCGCGACAGAGAAUACCGAAGGCCUGAAAUCGUUCAGCAAAUAUUUCGAGGAACAAGGUGCGACCCUAACGGACAAUUCUUCAUCUUCUUCAUCUUCGAAUGCUGUUACCGACGUCUUACAAGAUGAUAGUGAUGCCAAUGUCAUCCCCAAUUCAUCCAAACAUGCUUUUGACAAGACCAGUGGUAGUGCUGUCAGUGAUGAUGAUGAUAUCAAAAAGUCAUUCAACGACUUCAGCGAGAAAGACCUCGACAAGGAGGAUUCGAUAUACAAUACGUUCAAACCAAAUGAAAGCCCAAAACCAUGGAUUCCGACGCCCUCUGAUUUUGACAUCAAUGACUCUAUUAACGCGAGGAAGGAAGACAGUGUCGACAACUCGGCCGCUAGUGGACACGACUCGGGCUUUAGCGUAAGUGCGGCGCCCGUUUCAAAACAGAGCAAGCAUUACGCCCAACCUGAGCUGGAUGUCGCUGACGACGACAAAGCCAAUUUUGACACCAUUAUGAAGGGAAUCAAUGGGGAUAAAGUGGACGACUCUUCUAACUCGUUUUCCACGAGUGCAUCGAACGAAUCAAGCUGUAGCGACAGCCGCGAUGACGAGCCCAAAGUGUUGGACAAGUUCUCGGACGAUAUGAUCACUGGUGGAAGCAACGACGAUGACACCUACACCGCAACCAAAGGCAAGACUAAAUUCGGCAUCAAGAACCCCCUGGAUGACGACAGUGACAAGGAGCAGCUUGAUGACAUUUUAAAAGAGCUGUCAACAAGCGAGUCAAACGACCAAAGUGAUAGCGGCAGCUUUUCAACUGAGCCUUCGAUGAUCAAGGAAGACCCAAGUAGCUCCGAUGACUUUUCCUGGAUGAAGUCCUCUCUGUACAAUAAUGAAUCGCCGGUUGCAAAGGGACCGAAGCAGUCUUACGUUGAAACCUUUAGUGGUUCAAGUCCCAAUGCUGGGUCGGAUGAAGACAAGUUUGACAUCGAAUUUCCAUUGGCUGACUCCGACAGUAGCGACUCUAAUUCUGAAAGUUGCUCAGACUCAAAGUCGACGUCGACAGAUUCGACUACCACUGCUGCUGAGGAAAAACCUUGCCAUGUGAGCUGGUGGCGUAAACUUGCAUUUUGGAAUAGUGUGCAUAAGUGUUCGGAAUUACGCCGUCUACGCACUGAUCUAGAUUAA